CUCUAUUCAAACCAAAAAACAAAUAUUACAUCUCUUCUAUGUCCUCCGUCCUGCUCUCCACCUCUCUCUCUCUCCCCACCAUCGACCCCUCUCUCUCUCUCUCUCUGAAACACACACACACUCUCUCUCUAUCUAAAAGAAUUCUCUUUCCAUGGCCGUCGCCACAGAGACACAGCCAGAGCAGCAGGCUUCUUCAGAGGUGACAACAGUGGAGAAAAGAAGGUGGACUCUCAAUGACUUCGACAUUGGAAAGCCUCUUGGUAGGGGAAAGUUUGGACACGUCUAUCUAGCAAGAGAAAAGAGGAGCAAUCAUAUUGUGGCUUUAAAGGUGCUUUUCAAGAGCCAGCUUAAGCAGUCCCAGGUUGAACACCAGCUUCGUCGGGAAGUAGAAAUUCAGAGCCAUCUUAGACAUCCCAAUAUAUUGCGCCUUUAUGGAUACUUCUAUGAUCAGAAACGAGUUUAUCUGAUCUUGGAAUAUGCAGCCAAGGGUGAACUUUACAAGGAACUACAGAAGUGUAAAUUCUUCAGUGAAAGGCGUGCUGCUACUUAUGUUGCAUCGUUGGCUCGGGCCCUCAUAUAUUGUCAUGGAAAGCACGUAAUACACCGAGACAUAAAACCAGAGAAUCUUUUGGUUGGGGCACAGGGAGAACUUAAGAUUGCAGAUUUUGGGUGGUCAGUGCACACAUUCAACCGUAGGCAGACCAUGUGUGGCACGCUGGAUUACCUUCCACCUGAGAUGGUGGAGAGUGUGGAGCACGAUGCAAGUGUGGACAUCUGGAGUCUUGGUGUCUUAUGCUAUGAAUUUCUUUAUGGAGUCCCUCCUUUUGAAGCAAAGGAACAUUCAGAUACAUACAGAAGGAUCGUGCAAGUUGAUUUGAAGUUCCCUCCAAAGCCUAUCGUCUCUUCAGCAGCAAAAGAUCUAAUUAGUCAGAUGCUCGUCAAGGAUUCUUCACAACGCUUGCCACUGCACAAGGUUCUUGAGCAUCCAUGGAUCGUCCAAAACGCUGAUCCUUCUGGUGUAUACAGAGGUUGAUGAGGUGUUCGAUGAGUGCAGUCUUCGAUAAGGCGAAUGUCUUGUAAUACAAAAUAUGUGUAUGUGAUGUAAUGGUAAGGGGGAUAUAUCUGGGCUGUAUCAUUCAGCUAUACAAAUUGUAGGUAUAUGAUCCUUGGGAGUUAUUUUCCUUUACGGUGCCUGGGAUUAAGAAUGUGUCAAAAACAACGUGUUGAAGUUCGUCAUUUGUUGUGAAUUAAAGUAGUCACUCGCAGAAAUAAUAUUCUUUUGAAUCAAUUUGUUA